AUGGACCCUGCAGGUAAGAACCCCACCGACAGCAGCGAAGGGGGCGACUACGGCGUGCCCAAUCCCGGGCCUGCGUUUAAAGAGGUGUGGCAGGUGAAGGUGUGGCCCAAAGGCCUCGGUCAAGCCAAGAACUUGGUGGGUAUUUACCGCCUUUGUCUGACCGACAAGACGGUCAACUUCGUCAAGCUCAACUCGGACGCCGCCGCCGUGGUGCUGCAGCUGAUGAACGUCCGACGCUGCGGACAUUCAGAAAACUUCUUCUUCGUAGAGGUGGGGCGCUCUGCUGUGACGGGCCCGGGCGAGUUCUGGAUGCAG